AUGCAAGCUGAGAUGGCGUUAUUCAAGGCUAAGGCGCAAUUUACUCCUAUGAAACAGGUCCGUAACGAAGUUGUAAUACAUGACGGUACGCCGCCACCCGAUCGGGGCGGCGGCGGCGGUCCUAGACAAGACCAACAGGCAGAUAAGAACAGCGAAGGUAUGACCCCCCCUGAGGUCGCUAUAGAAGGAUCCCAGGCCCCAUCAGGAUCCACAUCAUCCUUCUCUACCAAAGAGCAGGGAAUACGAGUAUCAUACGUCACUGAGCCCUGCUAUGGUGACGUUAAAAUAUGGUUAAAUGGCUGGUGUCUUAGUGGCCCUGGAUGGAAGCAAGGUUAUGGUACUAUUAUUGCGAUUUUGGUGCCAUCGGUGCUCUUGGACGUCUUUGUGGCUCCAGACUUCAACGUGGGCGUUAUGGUCAUCCUAGUUAUACUAGAAGUCAUAACCCUCUUCCUCCUCCUGAAAACAAUUUACUCUGAUCCUGGUAUCCUACCACGACUGGAAUCUCAUGGGGCCUAUGAGGAUCCAGCCACUGGAGAGGUACUCCUGCUUAUUGGGCUCUUCCUAGUAUUGGAAUAUAAGUUGCCUUUUUCCAGCUGA